AUGCCAACUCCUCAGAUCAUGGCCGUCCAGCCUCUUAGUGCCGUGCUCGAAGAAAGCCAAGCUCGGACGCAUUGCGCAAGAUGCUUCGAGAGCAUGGACAAUCAACACAGCGGUGGCAGAGGCAGUCGAUGUUCCGCGUGUAGCAGAAUCUGUUACUGCUCACGAAAGUGUCAGAAGGCCGACUGGAGGGAGCACCGUCCGGAGUGUAAGGCGUGGGCCUCGAACAGUUCAGCGCGUACACCGACGCGCACCCUCCGUCUGGCGGGGCGGAUCUUGAACGCGAUCAACCGCUCCGACAACAGCAACACCGGCAGUAUGGGUACGGUGAACGGAGGCGAGGACGACGGCAGUAGUCACGCGCCAAGCGUACGAGAGGCCGUCGACGAACUCGUGCACCACAACGAUGACAGAUCACCGGAGCAGAAGGAAGAGUAUAUGCUCAUGGCCAAUUUCGUGGCUCGCCUCUGCUUGGCCGGCUGUGGCGAUAGCAAGAAGGGGUCGGCCUUGCUCUGGCCUUCGGCCCAAGGUCGUGGCCUACCCGGGUUGGUCGACGCAGCGUACGCUGUCCUGGGCAAGUUAUCAUGCAACGUAUUUUCCAUCGCGGAGAGUGCACUCAACGGCGAGGUUGGCUGUGGGCUGUACCUUGAAGCGGCGGCAGCAAAUCACUCCUGCAAUCCCAAUGCGGCGCAGUCCUUCUCCGGGAAGACGCUGUCGCUGCGCUGCACCCGCCCCAUCCGGAAAGGCGAGGAAAUCACGAUUGGUAUCACGCAGAUUCAAAAGCCUGGACCCGCUCGGAGGGAGUCGCUUCGGAAGACCUACUUUUUCGAAUGUCGAUGCGAGAGGUGUGAGUCACCAGAAGGACGUGCCGAGGAUAUGCGACUGGAGGCGUUUGCGUGUCCUGACAGUGAGUGUUCGGGGUUCUGCCUUGCUCCGAAGAAGCGCGGCCGUGCGUUGGGAGAAAGCAGCAAAAGCUUCAGGCAGGAGAAAAGUGCAUCACCGUCAUCGUGUCAAAGCUUCAACUUUCCACAAGAAGAGUGCAACCUGGAACCAAGCGAAGAACAAGAAGCGGCGGGGUUAAAGCUGAGCUCGUUGCAUUCUCCCUUGUCUGAGGUUGUGGCUGGACUUGAGACUGAGCGGGAAGGUUCUGCGCGCUUAACAUGCGAUGCAUGUGGGGCAAGUUCUCGUCCAGUGGAGGAGGCUCGGGCAGAACUAGCGGACAUUCAAGAGCUACUCAAUAGAGUAAAAGGUUUCGGGAAUGAGGGUCAGGCGUUACCGGCGAGACGGUGUCUAGAGCAGGCUCUCGGAAAAGCGGCCUCUUCGUUGCACCGCGCAAAUUGGAUGCUCUCCGAGAUCUACGGUCUCCUUGCGAGCGUUUGCGUGGAGCUGCAGGACUUCGACGCAGCCGCGACGUAUGCGAGCGACGGCAUGGAUGCGUCCCGUGCCUGCCUGUCCGGCUUGAUGCCGUACUUCGAACCUUGGGGUUGCAACUCGGCCAUCACAGGCAAGCUCCUUCUGUACGUGCGACGACAGCCCGAGAAGGCGAUGCCUCUCUUACUAGAGGCCGAGGCUAGCAUCAAAGUCACGCACGGAGACCAGCAUUCGCUCUAUCGGGAGGUCCGAGGCAUGCUAGAUCAAGCCAAGGCCGAAAGUGGGCAAAGUACGGGUUACUAA